UGCUGCAGAAGCCAUUUUGAGAUGUCCCUGUUGAGAAAGCCCAUGAAGAUGCUGAAAUCAACGAACAUGGUUACAUUUCUGUCUGUUUCACCCUCCGUCUCCUCUAUCUCACCAUGGCAGCUGUCAACCGACGGGACAUUAGCAAAGCGGGGUAUCAAGCUGCGCUCACAGAGUUAAAACGUCAUUGAUAUGAAAGAGGAGAGUGUCUGUUUACUGUCUCUGUCGAGACAUGUAACACCGUGAGUUUUUUCCAGUCUGAAAUCUUCCAGCAUCUCUCACAAACCAACGUCUCCUCGAGUGGCCGAGUGAACUCACUCUGGUACCGGAGAGACGGGAGGCAGAUCCGUUUUCCAAUGGCUUCUGUGAGCCUUGUUUCCAGUCCCCCAGCCCCUGUUCUUGACAAAAACAUGACAGACUCUGAGCUUGCAGGGGAUGAAAGAGAGGAUGGUGAACUGGAAGAUGGAGAAAUAGAUGAUGAAGGGAUCGGGAUUGAAGAGGAAAACAAGGAAAACCCAGAGGUGAAUGAAGAAAAAGAAAAAGAGAAGGAGAAGGAGAAGGAGAAGGAAAGGGAAAAAGACAAAGUGAAAGAGAGAGAAGAAAAGCCCCAUAGGCACUCCAGGAAAAGAUACAAAAAGACGAAGGAGAAGAGGAGGUCUAAAAGGAGGAGACGUGACAGGCAGAAGCAUCACUCCCCCUCCAGCAGCUCCAGCUCCGACAGUUACGACUCCGACUACGACCGACCUGAAAGACCUAAGAACAGGAGGGGUCAGGGCUCUGAUGGCCCGUCUUCCCAGCAUUCAAAGGGAGGCCAUGGCAACUCUCAGAAGUCCCCGAUGCACAAGAGCAAUGAUUUCGACAAAUACAGUGAUUACAGCGACGACAAGUAUGACUACGAUGAAGAGGAAGAUGAUUACGAUGAGGACAUGGACUACCAGCAGUCGAAAGAUUCAACCUCAAGUCAGGGAAAGGGACGCCACUCUAAAGACCAGAUGAACAGAGGAAGCAUGAGGGGGAUGAAACAACAACAGUUUGGGCCGCGGGGACGGGGCAGAGGAAGUGGACCGGGCAGAGGACGAGGGAUGCUCAACAAGAACAAAAAACUGAAAGGCAAACCAUGGGGAGGACGUGGCCGAGGGCGUGGAGGAGACCAGGGCAUGGACGACAUGGAAGGAAAAAAUACCUCUGGAUUUCAGAAGAAACGGCCAAUAAUGAGCAAGGAGUUUAUUAAUCAGCACACAGUGGAACACAAUGGUCGAUACAUCUGCAAGUAUUUCUUGGAAGGAAGAUGCAUCAAGGGGGAACAGUGCAAGUUUGAGCAUGAGCUCGUUGUGCCAGACAAGAAAAAAGAGCUUUGCAAAUUUUACCUUCAAGGAUACUGCAGCAAAGGAGAUAACUGCAUUUACAUGCACAAUGAAUACCCCUGCAAGUUCUUUCAUACCGGAGCCAAGUGUUAUCAAGGGGACAACUGCAAAUUCUCCCAUGAGCCUUUGACUGACGUGACCCAAGAGCUGCUCGAUAAGAUAAUCAACACAGAGGAAGAGAAUGCACGAGAGGACGAGUUGGAGCUGGAGGAUCUUAGAAAGCAGGGUAUUUCUCCGCUCCCGAAGCCCCCUCCCGGGGUGGGGUUGCUGCCCACUCCUGGUCAGAGCAGUCCCACCGAUGGAUCAGGGAAGAAGAUUCCCUCCCUUUUUGAAAUCAAGGUUCAACCUACUGUCGACCUGGUCCACAAAAUUUCUCUGGGUGGGUCCAGCUAUGAGGACGAUGGCUCAGAGGACAUGCAGACUGGAGGUGUAGCUCCACCAGGCUCCUCAGCUCCUUCUGUUUCCCCUGCUGAAUCUGCUGGUCAACCCACUGGACCACCGAUGCAGCAGAGCCCCCCAGGACAGCACCCAUCCCUUGGAUUUCCAAUGCAGCCACCCCCUGGUCAGCCCCCUCCCUUCCUUGGAAACCGACCUAAUAUGAACCCCCAGAUGCAGAGGCCUCCUUUCCCUCAUGCACCAGAUCUGCAGAUGCUCCAGAGUCUCUUCAGUUUUCCAUCAGUGGGUCAAAAUCCUGUUGAGCUGCUGAGCAGCCUGCUCCACAACCAGGCUGUUGGUCAGCAAGGAGUCGACCCCAGUGUGGCCUUCAUACAAAGCCUCCAGCAGCAGAUGGGUGCAGAGUCACAGUUGCAGUCUUUACCACCUGCAGUACAGAAAGCCAUCAUUUUACACUUGACACAGCAGCAGCAGCAGCAAGAGUCACACUCACAUGGGAGCGAGCCACAGGCUGCCGAGACAGAUGACGGCAAUUCACAUAGAGAUGAAACUACAAAUUGGUACUCAAGUGAUGAGGAGGGGGGCAGUUGUGUCUCCUCCAUUCUUAAAACUCUAAAGAAGCAGAGUGAGAUGCAGCAGUCCAAACUCCUCCAGGCCGCCUCAGUACCUCCCGCUCUGGGUGACCCGCGACUCGUCAAAGAAAGGGCCCCUCCCAGUGACCCGCGGGUGAAGGCCGACCCGAGACAGCGGCUCCUGGACGUGAAAAAGGAAUCGGACGGAGCUUCAGAUCCUCGGAUUUCCAGAGACCCGAGGAAGAGACCGAUAGAGCAGAGUGCCUAUCGCCAGCAGAUCCACCCGGUUCCUCAGAAGGCUCAUGCAGGAGAGGAGGAUGAUGACGGAGAGAGGGAGCUCAGGGACAGAGCCGUCCUCAUCCCGCUGGACGCCAGCCCCAGUGCAGUGCUGCGGGACCCUCGGUGCCAAGUCAAGCAGUUCAGUCACAUUCGAGUGGACAUCCUGCUGCAGCGGCCGGCCUUCGCUCAGACCGUGGUGUGGGCCCCUGAGGACCUCAUUCCUUCUCUGGUCCCUAAACAAGAGCACUCCAUCAACCUGCCUCUGCCGCCACUGAUCGCUGAUGCUCAGAUGAAUCGAACGACCCUGCCCGACCAUCCCUCGGUCUCCAGCCCCCCACCAACAGACCCCAGGCUGGCGGCUGCCCGUUUGAAGGAACGUAUGAGUCGGUUGCCCGCCGGGUCCCUUGAGUCCCGUCCCUCCACCGAGAGACCUGUAGAUCCGCGCCAGCAUAAGUCUCUGGACCCCAGACUCAAGCGGACAGGAAGUCUGGACUCUAAGCUUCUGGGUCAGAAAGAGCCUUCCUCCGGCGGAGGACUUGUGGACCCCAGACUACAGAAGGCCAGCUCCUCGCCGAAUGCCGCCAGACCAAAGCCAGAACCCGAGAGACUACCGCCGUAUGCUCCUCGACUGGCAGCCUCUGGCGGAGGCCUGGAGAGUCCAACUACGAUCCUCGGGGGCAUCAGCCUGUACGAUCCUCGCACCCAAGCUGAUCAGGGUCACAAGGAGCAGACCGAGCCUCCUAAAAAGGCAGGAAUUCUGAAGCAGCCCACCAAGAAGGACAACGCUCCACCGCCGUCUCUCUCGCCAACCCGGCGAAGUGGAUCUUUCGAAGAGAUUACAAGCACAGACGACGCCUCAGAUCCGGUUUGCACGUCCCCCACGCUGCCUCCUGCCUCGCCGGUCAAACCUCCUGCAGUUCACAAUCUCCCCAUCCAGGCUCUGGCCGGGCUGAUCCGACCCCAGUACACCGACCCCCGGCAGGCCAAGCAAGGGCAGCAGGGAUCUGCUGGAGCGCAGGAGGAGGCAGAGGAGAAGAAGGAGGAAAAGGGGGAGAAAGAGGAGGAGGAGGAGGAGGAGGAGGAAGGUAUGGAGGAAGAAUCCAAACAGGAAGAUUCAGAAGACGGAGAGGGGGACGACCGGACACUGAAAGACGUGUUCAAGACUUUUGAUCCCACUGCUUCUCCGUUCUGUCAGUAGACAUCGAUUGUCGAAACACCGCGAAGUUGCAAACUGUGUGUACACUGAUGAGACACGUCUGGCUCGCUUCACUCGGCUUUACACAAAAGUAUUUAUUUCUGUAUAUACUCCUGUAUAGAUUACCACACAACACGCCCCGUCAGUAUGGACAUGAUGCAGUAUACUUCAACACAAGCAGCGUUUGAACGUAGUCGUGACGUGUAUUUUCAGGACUUCUAGCGUUGAUUUUCAUGUAUGUGGAAAACAAUCAGAAAAUAAGAUUUCAAAGUGUAUAAAUGUUAGUUACUGAUCCAUAUGUGCUUUCCUCAGCUGUUGGCUCAUUCAAGGACUUUGUUUCUGUAGGAAAGUUGAUUUAUUUACUCCACAUGCACAGAAACAAUACUAAGUAAUCAAACUACAAAGGUAUGCUAUUUUUUUUUGUUUGGAUGUGUUUACAUAUUUAUUCGGACACAUUUUUAUAUCACAUUUAUACGUUACUGCUCAUCUUUAUAAGGGAUUGUUUUGAACAUUUCAGUUUUUAUUGCGAUUUUCUAUGUGAGUUUGUAAUUUGUGAACAUGUAACAGCACAUAGUCAGAUAAUCAAAACAGAAUCCCUUUAUGUUUAUUUUCUUGUGUGAAAUGUACGUUUGCUGAUAUUGAGAAUCGGCGGUUUAUUAGUUCCUGACUAAAUUGCAUGGAGCAGUCGUCAAUCGUAAUCGUUCUUUACACAGUUUUUCUGCACAAGACAGGAAUUAAUCAGUCACUGAGUCCAUUGUGAUAAGUUUUAACUGAAGUUGUUUAGAAACAAUAUUAGUCACAUCCUUCUAAAAACUUUGACGAGCCUACGAGUUGCAUUUAAUUGUUUUAACGUUGGGCUUUAAACAUGCUGAUAUAUAUUCCAGCGUCACAUGCAGUGUGUUUGUUGUAGUGGUGUACAUCCAUGAACAUGGCAAAGCAGUAUGCAGGAAAGUUUAGCCAGUGGUAGAAUAUUACUGGACAUUUUUAACAUUUUUAAAUUUUACACUUCCUACAUACAUUUUAGAAGUGAGUCUAUGCUCACCCUCGGUGUAACAGAAGCCUUAUUCGUGAAUUUAUAGUAUACCGUUUCUCACUGAAGAGCCAUGCAUAGUUCAAAAAAAGUGAAGUAAAAUCAGAUUUUUAAUUUAGCAUUUAACAAUUGUACAAUAUUACUCUUUAGCAUUAAAAGUUCAAAUUCUGUUGCCAAGUGUUACUGACAUAAGACAUGAAGAGGGGAGGGUAUGGCUUGUGUUAUGCAGACCUUGAUGACACAGAGGUAUAUGUAAAUAUCUUACAAAUGUGACCUUUAUUACUGUUUUUACUGUUGAGUUCUGCUGGAGUUGCUUCUAAAUGAAUGAGUUGUAGAUGUGAGAUGGCUUUCUGUUAAACAGCUCGUCUUCAGUGACAGUUCUGUGUCUGUAAUGUGAGCAACACACGGUCGACCGAAACUAAGCUACUUUUUUAUUGUCAUGGUUCCUGUUGUAAAUGCUUAUUUUUUAUCAUCUGUACAGUUUACUUUUGAGUGGUUUGAUGUAUGAUGCUCUAUUUUUUUUAAUGUCAGUAUGGGUUAGUGUUGUGGUUAUGGUUUUAAUAAUACUGUAUGACAUUUAACAUCCAUCAUUUCAGUGAUUUUAUUAUAGAUAUCUCAAAUAAAUACAAUGAAACUGCA